CGUCUUCUUGGCCAAUUUCAUUCCAUUGUCUUUUUUUUAAUUAUUAUUAUUGCUAAUUUUGUUUGCAACUAAUUUGUUUUUAUGUAGCUUACUUGGCCAGUCCUAAGGCCAGCCUUAAUACACAUGAGGUCUAUCAUAAAUAGUUGUGUGGUUGAAUAAAAGUUAAAUCUGCACUAAUUAGCAUUCUGACAAAGGGCAAUAUAAGCUAAUGCAAGAAGAAUGAGGUUUGAAAAAGAUUUUAAAGACUCAAGAAGGAGAGAGGAGGAGCGAUGAGCAGAGUUGAUGUCGAGAGGCACAAUUUAAAGGGAGCAUACAGAAAACUCCAGUGAGAAGCAGGAAGAACUUUCAUAGAUAUAACAAAGAAAACAGGAAAUCUGGCCCAGCAGCAAGAGGAAGGUCAGGUUGCAUAAACUACACUAAAAGAGGGACGUGAGCUCGGAGACGGAGAGGAAAGAGGAUCAGAGCAUUUAACAUUGUAUAAGAAAUGCUGUCUAAAAUGAUUUCAGCUGUGUGUUUGGCACUGUGGAUCAGUUCAUGUGCCAUCACCACAGCUGAGGAUUUAUAUAUGACCAGAGCACUGAAGCUGAUGUCUGAAACCCCACUCAUUGAUGGCCAUAAUGACCUGCCUUGGCAACUUCGAAAGCAAUUCAACAAUGAGCUCAACAAAGUGGACCUUAACACACUUGAAACAACUCACACCAACAUCCCUAAGAUCAAGGAUGGACGACUGGGAGCUCAGUUCUGGUCAGCUUACGUUCCCUGUGAUACUCAGUACAAAGACGCUGUCCGACAAACACUGGAGCAGAUAGAUGUCGUUCACAGGAUGUGUCAGAAAUACCCAGAAACCUUCAUGUUUGCUGCCAGUAGUGAAGACAUCAUGAAGGCCUUCAGCAUGAAGAAGACGGCCAGUCUGAUCGGGGUAGAGGGGGGUCACUCCAUCGACAGCAGUCUGGGUACCCUGCGCACCAUGUACCAGCUAGGAGUCCGCUACCUCACACUGACACACUCCUGCACCACACCUUGGGCUGAUAACUGGCGUGUUGAUGAGGGAACAGAGCCAUCUGAACACAAUGGCCUGUCUCCAUUUGGCAAGCAACUAAUUGUGGAAAUGAACCGCCUGGGGAUGCUCAUCGACCUGGCCCAUGUGACCGUAGCAGUGAUGAACCAGGUGCUGGACAUAUCUGAGGCCCCCGUCAUCUUCAGCCAUUCCUCCGCCUACAGUGUCUGUCAACACAAGAGGAACGUCCCCGAUGAUGUUCUCAAGAAAGUGAAAGAAAAAAAAGGGAUCGUCAUGGUGAACUUCUACAAUGACUAUGUGACCUGCAGCAAGACGGCCAAGAUCUCUGAUGUGGCCGAUCACUUUGACCAUAUAAAGAAAGUGGCCGGGGUGGACAUCAUUGGUUUCGGUGGAGAUUAUGAUGGUGUUACAAGACUACCAGAGGGUCUGGAGGACGUGUCCAAGGUUCCCAACGUGGUAGCUGAACUGCUGAGGAGAGGAUGGACUGAUCUGGAAGUUAAAGCUGCUCUGGGAAACAACCUCCUCCGAGUCUUUAGAGCGGUUGAGGCGGUCCGUGACUCCAAAGUGCAUAGUGCCAUACCGGAUGAUGUUCCUAUUCCAUACAAUGAGGUGGUAAACCCGUGCAGGACGAGCUACGGUUACCACAACGCCGGAGCCGCCCAUUCACUCAGCACGCUGGCCCUUCUGCUCGCACUGACUAUAUGGCUCUUAUCUCAUUAGCAGCUUCACAGGUCGCUUAUCACAGCAGCUGCUUGUGUGUAGAGUUUGUCUGUGACUUCUAAUAAAAUGUGAUAACCUC